CUUGCACAAGUUUAGACAACAGGCAGGGAGGCGACACUAGCUAGCAGUAGGCUAAGCGAGUCGGAGCCGUCUGAUCGUCACAGAACUUAACAUUUUAUCCGGAUUUAAAACAACAGACGGCGAUACCUUAUGAUUAAGUUUUUGUUUUCGAAUUAAACAAAAUGUCUACCCCAGCACGACGGCGUUUAAUGAGGGAUUUUAAACGACUGCAGGAGGAUCCUCCAGCAGGAGUUAGCGGAGCACCUUCAGAAAAUAACAUCAUGGUCUGGAACGCUGUCAUUUUUGGCCCAGAAGGGACACCUUUUGAAGAUGGAACUUUCAAACUCACAAUAGAAUUCACAGAAGAGUAUCCGAACAAACCUCCCACAGUCCGAUUUGUAUCCAAAAUGUUUCACCCCAAUGUUUAUGCAGAUGGUAGUAUAUGUUUGGACAUUCUUCAGAACCGCUGGAGUCCAACUUACGACGUUUCUUCAAUUUUAACAUCUAUACAGUCUCUAUUGGACGAGCCGAACCCAAACAGUCCUGCCAACAGCCAGGCAGCUCAGCUUUACCAGGAGAACAAGCGAGAGUAUGAGAAGCGUGUGUCUGCCAUUGUGGAACAGAGCUGGCGGGAUUGUUGACCUCACGUAUGGACAAUACUCUGCCUCAGCUACUGAGAGGAAAACCAUCACGUAAAGAAUAAAAUAUAUCUACGUUAUGUUUUGAAUACUCUUCUUACUCUGUAGAGUCGUCUGUUCUGUAGCUGUCGCAAGGUUAGACUGCUGUUGUCAUAGCCUCCCUCUUCAUGCUGAAUCCUGUUCGUGGACAAGGAUGAUGUUUUCUUGAUUUAACUGAAUGUACCUUGCCAUCUCAAGGUUACAAGCAUUUCUUUGAUUUGUGUGUGAAUGCUUUGAUCUCUGUGCAGGAGCUUGUCAUGAACACAUGCUGUCUAGUUUUGGUUUGAUCCUGUACUGUGAGCUGAUUGCAUUAGAUUACUAACUGGAUGUAAAUGGAUGCUCUGGUUGUGGGUUCCACUGAAUGGAGCUUUACGGAAGAUCCCUGCUUGCAUCUGUUGGUUUCUUUAACUAUUUGUUACAAAAUACGUGUUCUUUUUAUUGACCCCAGUCCAGUUUUAACGUGAAGAUGACCUUGGUGGAAGAAGGCCGAUAUACAGAGCUUCCUAUCCAUCUAAAUUUCUUUAUUUUUAAAUUUGAAGGGGUUAUCAGACUUAUAAACUGAGUACAGUUUCUAUAUGAUGUGCUAAAAUUUUACAAGUGCUAGUUUCUCAAAGUCUUGUAUAAAGUAUACUUUUUUUUUUUUUUUAAAUAAAAGUAUGACAGUAAGAGGUCUGUCUUAAUUUCAGAAGCCUUUAUCCCAAGUCUAGCCUUCAUAUCUGAAAUAUGUACAGUAGUAAUGAUUUUUGACUUGUUAUAUCCCAACUGCAUGACUCUUCGGUGCUUUUUAUUUUGUUUUUAGAGUGUUUUUCCCAGCACCCUGUGGAUCAUGUACUUCACUGCCUGGGCUUGAUGCUGUUUGCUUUUAUGCAAUAUUAAUUUGAAUUCUUUAAGGUCAUCAUUUUUCAAAAGCACAUCCAGAGUUUGAGUUGGAUUUGUACUUGGAUUUGAAACUGUACAUUUUCUCACUUCUUGUAAAUAAACAGUAAAUUAAUCUCA